AUGAAUCCCAACACUCAAACAGCGCCGCAAUCCCAGGAGAACAACGGCACCCACCGAUUCGAUCCCAACUUCACAGAUGCCGUCAUCAACGCUAUUGGGCCAAAUGUCCCAGACCGGACACGGUUCGUCAUGAGCAAGUUGAUUCGCCAUCUUCACGACUUCAUCCGUGAAGUCGAGCUUACCAAUGACGAGUGGUUCGAGGGUGUUCGAUUCGUUAACUCCAUUGGCAAGACCACCACCAACACCAGGAACGAAGCCCACCGCAUCUCCGAUGUUUUGGGUGUAGAAUCAUUGGUCGAUGAAAUCGCCCACAUGCACAUCAACGAGUCUGGCGAGACACCCACUUCUUCCACCAUUCUGGGUCCCUUCUGGUCGCCUCACUCACCCUUCCGUGAGCUUGGUGAUUCCAUUGUCCGCAACCCACAUCCCGAUGGCCAGUUGACUCUUAUGCACGGUGUGAUCCGCGACCUCGACACGAAGAAGGGCAUUCCCAACGCUGUCAUUGACAUCUGGCAAGCCAGUGCCAACGGAAAGUACGAUUUCCAGGACCCCGAGAACCAAGAGCCCAACAACUUGAGGGGCAAGUUCACCACAAACGAGAAGGGCGAGUACUGGUACUACUGCUACAAGCCAACCGCAUACUCGCUACCCACUGAUGGUGCUGCUGGACAACUCUUCAAGACGCUCGACCGCCACCCCUUCCGCCCCGCACACAUUCAUCUCAUGGUCUCGGCCGACAACUACAAGCCUCUCAUCACCCAACUAUACCCCCGUGACGAUCCAUGGGUCACCAACGACACCGUCUUUGCUGUCAAGGAUGAUCUGCUGCUCGACUUCAAGCCUGCCAAGGACGACAAGGCGAAGCUCGACUUGGAAUACAACGUCACAUUGGCGCCAGCAGGCAAGAAGACCACCAGGCUGGAAGGCAUCCCAAGGCUGCCCAACGUGUUCGAUGAGCAGAGCCGAUUGUAA